GCCACCCUUCUGGAACUGCAUCGUGGUUGUUUUCCUGAACCUUCAACGAUGAGCUGCAAGAACUUUGUGCUCCCCCUGCUGCUGUUGUCCUUGUGGGGGCUCUGCAAGGAAGGAGCGCAAGCUUGCAGCUGCUUCCCGAUGCAUCCGCAAGAGGUGUAUUGCCAAGCGGAUGCUGUCGUUAUCAAAGCAAAGGUUGUUGGAGUGACACCUGGCAUGGAAGGGAAACUCAAAAAGUAUGAUAUUGAACUCAUCAAGACCUUCAAGGGUGCUGAAAAGCUCUUUACUGCCAUUUACACCGGGCCCAACCCUGCAGCGUGUGGAGUCACGCUGACCAAGGGUGUUGAAUAUCUCCUCAUGGGUAGACCGUAUUCCAAUGCCUCUCUGCACAUGCACCGAUGUGACUUCUAUCAACCGUGGGAUGCCUUGAGCAACAAACAAAGGGACGUGUUGUACCACUAUGGCGAGGGCUGCAGUUGCACGAUCAAGACCUGCUUCUCCUUCCCGUGCUGCAUCACUGUCCCGACGGAGUGCUUGUGGACAGAUUACCUGCCAAAGAUGGCCAAUGGUAAACAGGCCCAGAACUUUGCUUGCAUCAAGAAAAGGGGUGAAACCAUUUUUAUGGGGAGUGAUGUCAUGCAUGCGCCAUGCCACCGUUGGACUAAUAAAAAAAAUAACAAUGCAGGAAGGAGAGCGAUUUGCGUGUUGAAGCUGGAAAUCCAGUCAUCAUUUUGAGUGUCAGCUGAAGAA